UGACCCGACACCGGCCUCUUGCUAUCGCGUUCUUGAUCUCUCUUCGGUAACCAAAACCCUAGAUCGCUACCAGCGGACAUGAGAUCGUUAUCUCGAUUCCUCUCUUCCUACAUCAUUUCACAGAGUCUCCUAGACGGCUUAUCUUCCGGCCAUUUUGUAAGCUUCUUCUCUUCCUUCAGCAGCGGAAAUGAAGUACCCGAAAGCAUCGCCUACCGCCGUUCAAUGCUCCGUCCGCCUUCCAUUGUGGCACCUCCGAAGCUGCGCUACAAUGCGUGCAGCUUCAUCGGGACUGUCGUGAGCCGCGUGCAAUGCUCCGGCAAGUGCAGCCGCGGCCUGAGGGCUUUCGCCUUCCUAAAAGUGAAAAGCGAUCCGCGAUUGCAGAUCUCCUCUUAUUUCCGUGUUUGCUUAUGGAUGCAGGGUAAGCUGGCAGAAAUAUCACUUCAGCAUUUGAAACUGAAUGAUUUCAUUUACGUUUCUGGUCCUUUGGGUUCAUAUGAAAAACUUAAUUCAGCUGGUCAGCCUGAGGUCAUUUACAAGGUUUUUGUUCAAGAGUUGAACUACAUUUCACGAGUCGAUCGAAACUGCACAACAUCGACGCCGGCAGAACAACAUUCUGAGAAAUCGUUAUCUUCCCCUUCUGGUGCUCGGAGGGAGGAGAUGUCAGAAAGGUUGCAUUUGUGGCAAUUAUUCUUUGCCAGCCCCAGUGAUUGGUGGGACAAUAGGCGCCCUAAGAAAAACCCUAACUCUCCAGAUUUCAAACACAGGGAUACCAAGGAAUGUUUGUGGCUAAGUCCAAAUGACCCUCAUUGGGUAAGAGAGCAGCUUAGACUGUAUGAUGCUAACACGGGAGGUGGAUUUAAGAGGGAUUCCAUUGAUUUACUUGCUUCAUACAAGUGGGAAUUCAAGGAUUGAUAGAAGAAGCAAGUGUCUGGGCAUUUGAAGUGGGAAUUCCUCUAGAUAUCUUGAUACAAUUCUCUCAAGAGAAAAUGCUGCAUGGAAUUGGUUUCUCAAAUAGCAGAAGCUGGCAAGUGAAUGGAUGGGCGGGCCGGUGGCCGCGCGGGCAAGCGUGUGCGUGCGUGUACAUCCGUGUAAAAAUUGGGUGUUAGAUAUAUAAAUGCAUUGGAAUUAAGUUUUAUGUAUGUAUAUCUUCCUAUACUUU